UGACUGCGUGAGCCGUGUGCGUUCUGUUCAGUGUUUUACUAUCAAUCCCAAGCGGUUCUUCGCACCAUUCGUACAAGCUUCGGUCGGUAGUGUUUGUAGCAGCAGUCCAUUUAGUGUUAAUCGCUAGUCGACUAGUUCAAUCGUCUUUUCGGCGAUCGUCAACCGCAUUGCCAUUUAUUUUGCCCUCCAGUCAUCGCCGUUUGAACGUUUAGCCAUCGUCGCUUGCUAUUCGCCGGGCUCGCAAUAUCAACCGUAUCGCACGUGUUGUACGCGACCAAAUCGUCGUCGUCCUUCCCCCCCCACUGUGCAGCAAUAGUAGUAGUAGGAAGUAACCGUAGUAGUAGCGUUGUCACAGCUAAGCGGACACGAUUACCGCCGAAACGGUCAACCGCGGACGAGAAAGAGUCCCGCCGACAAGUUGUAUUUGUACACAUACACAUCCAGAAUUCACCGCCGACGCAGUCGUUAUUCAUAAAAAUAAUAUCGUCUACUGACUUACUGCUUGGGUUUACAGCUACAUCGUCGGUCGUGCUGUUUCGAAAAGUUAAGAUCUGCUCAACUGGAAAUAUCCUGGUAAAUCAUGGUUAGUCACUUUUACCACAAUUGCAAUGGUCUAUCAGAAUAAAAAGCACACGACAUGACAGAAGACGUACCUAUAAACCCGGCUAACUCCUAUACUUACUGUUCAUUAUCUAGAUACCAUACAAAAUGGAUCAAGAAGGCAAUAAUGGUAGAAGAAGAAGCUCAAGGUUGGCUGCAAGAGGCAUAAUGACUACACCAAAAACAGAAAUUACUGUAAAAAAGACUUUAAAGAGUUCUGAAAAACCUAAACGAUCAAAACGUAAAACUACUGAAGAAACAAUUGAAUUGCCUGAAGCUAAAAAAACUAAAACUGAAGAUAAGAUAUCUUCUGAUAAGGUUGAUAAUCCAGGAGAAAAUGAAACUAACAAUGUUGAUAAUGUCGAAAAUGAUAUUUCUGGUAUUUCACCAAUGGAUGUUGAAAAUAAUGUCUCUGGUAUUUCACCAAUGGAUGCUGAUAUUGUUGAAACCAAUAUGAUACCAUCAUCUGAUGAGAAAAAAGAUUUACCAACAAUUGAGGAGAAGACUGAUGUAUCGCUUGAAGAUUCUAAAGAUCAAAAAGUUGUUGAAAAACUUCCAGUUACUAACGAUGAAAAAGAAAAGGAUAAAACGUCAGUGGAAAUUGAAGAUAAAAAAUCUGAAAUUACAGAAGAAGUUAUUAAAAUAAAAGAUCCUGAAAUAACUGAAAAACCGGAGAAUGAUGUAUCUCAAGAUGAGCCUAAACAAGAACCAGUAGCUUUGGAAAAUAGCAAUGGUAAAAACAAUGAAAAAAAAACAGUUGAGUCGGUGGAAGACAUUGUAAAUAACGAUAUUGGACUUUGUGUAGCAACUAAAGAUAUUGUAACACCAAAUGGUGAUACUGAUGAACAAGUCAAGUCUACAAAUGGUGAUCAAUCAAUCACAGAAAAAGAGGCCUUAGAACCUAUCAAAGUUCUCCUUGAUGAUACUAACCAUGUUGAAACAGAUUUAAAAGCUGUAACUACUACAACUGCCAUCACCACCAACAAUGAUGUACCAAUUGUUGAACAAGUUGAAAAGGAGCUAGAUAAAGCUGCCGACAAUGUAGUUGAUAAUAUAAGUGUAUCAGCUGAUGACAAUGCACCAAAUGUGGACCAGUUAUCAACAGUUGUGUCCUAAUUUUUGCCAUUAUUUGUUUUAUAAUGAAGAACAUUUAGACUUGCAUUGACUUUCUACUGAUAAUAUUUUAUAACCGUGCUCAGUAGUUAACAUAUUCUUAUUUUGUUUCUUUCCUUAACUUUAUAUACAAUUUUAUAAAUAAGGAUUGUAGUAAAUAUUUGGAAAUAUAUAUGUUAAUUGUACUUUGCCAAAUGGCCAUCACGAAAACUCAUCAUUUUUUUAUGUAGAAUUUAUACAAAAUUUAUGUUGAAAGAUUACUUAUAAUUUAUAGUAUUAAAAAAAAUUAAAUUGUAUUUAUAUAACUAAAAAAUUGGAUAAAAUAAUUUUGGUACUUAUAUUUUAAGCAUAUUUUUGGUUUGUAUGUGUAAUAUUGUCAUUGUUUAUUUUUUUAUUUGAUGAAAAACUUGAACUUAAUUUAAUGUCCAUUUAAUGGCAUUUUCAAUUGUAAAAUGAAUACUGUUGUCAGUGUUCAUAAUUUGCUAAUUACAUCAUGGUUUUUUUUAUUGAAAAAUGUUAAUAAAAUUGUUAAAAAGUUAUCAUUAAUAUUAAAAUAAACAAAAUAAGUGUACUGCUGAUAAAUUUCUUUUAAUUUUAUAAGCAAUCAUUUUAUAAUUUAUCAUACAAGAUGUGUAAAUAAUUAAAAUUGUAUAAGUAAGUGACAUUUAAAAUUUUUUUUUAGGAAUUAUUAGUGAAGUAUCUUAUAUUAGAAGUGUUUUUCUUUUUAAAUUAUUAAAUAAAUUAUCAUAAUAUUCCGUGUUUUUUUUUUCUGUACAAAAAGUUAAAAUUUUAUUUAAUAUUGGAUGUGUUUGUACUUUUUGUUUGAAAUAUUAUUUAUAAAACAUUUUUGUUGUGAUCUUGAACACAUGAGUGUUAAUGUUUUAUUUUAAAAUCUAUAUAUUUUUACCUCUUUCUAUAUUAUUGUUUUACCAAUUUAAUACUGCUGUGGGACCUAAGGAAGGUACCUUACAUAUUGUAUUCCUAUAUAUUGAAAUAUAUUUGAUGUAAAGUGGUAGACUUUACAAAUUUAUUCUUAAGAUGUAUAAAGUUCAAGCAAAUUUUGCAAGUUUAUUUUAAAUGAAUUUUUGAUUAUGCUCAUAAGUAUAUGUACUAAAAUUCUGUAGAUUUUUAUUCUGUAAUAUGUAUAAUGGUAAUUCUAUAAAAACAUAUUAAUUUACAAACAA